GGCGGCCGCGGUCCUCCGCCGCGCCCUCGCACGCACACGCGCGCACGUUCCAGGAGUCCUGGAGACCCGGCGGAGCCGGGCGCGGAGGGAGGCCUGACGGCGGCGGGGGCGGAGCGCGCCGCGGGUUGGGGGCAUGUCCGCGGCGGGCGCCGUCUAGAGGAUCGCAGAACAGCCGCCACCACGCUCUCAGUCCCGGCGAGACGCAAGCGAGCCAGGCCGCGGGCCGCGGCAGCAAUGCAGAGACGGCGGCGCCCUCCGCCGCCCGCCCCUCAGCGGCCCGAGGGCGGCGGGCGCGGCGGCGAGGCCGUGGAGGUGCAGUUUUGCGCCGGGCGCCUGGGUGCGGCCGCCGCGCUGUCGGCGGCGGAAGCGGCGCACAGCGCGGAGGAGGAGGAGGAGCGGCUGGAGCGAGAGCACUUCUGGAAGAUCAUCAAUGCUUUCCGCUACUACGGCACCAGUAUGCAUGAGCGAGUGAACCGAACAGAAAGACAGUUCCGAUCACUUCCAGAUAAUCAACAGAAACUGCUUCCUCAGUUCCUUCUUCACUUGGACAAGAUCCGGAAAUGCAUUGAUCAUAAUCAAGAAAUACUACUGACCAUUGUGAAUGAUUGCAUACAUAUGUUUGAAAAUAAAGAAUAUGGAGAAGAUGGUAAUGGAAAGAUUAUGCCAGCAUCUACAUUUGACAUGGAUAAGUUAAAAUCUACCCUGAAACAGUUUGUGAGAGACUGGAGUGAAACUGGGAAAGCAGAAAGGGAUGCCUGCUACCAGCCAAUCAUUGCAGAAAUUUUAAAAAAUUUUCCAAAAGAAAGAUGGGAUCCUUCUAAAGUAAAUAUUCUGGUACCUGGUGCUGGACUAGGAAGACUGGCCUGGGAAAUAGCUAUGCUAGGUUAUGCUUGUCAAGGAAAUGAAUGGAGUUUUUUUAUGCUCUUUUCUUCCAACUUUGUACUGAACAGAUGUUCUGAAAUUAAUAAAUACAAACUUUAUCCCUGGAUCCAUCAGUUUAGCAAUAACCGGAAGUCAGCUGAUCAGAUUCGACCUGUCUUUUUUCCUGAUGUUGACCCACAUAGUCUUCCUCCUGGCUCUAACUUUUCUAUGACAGCAGGAGAUUUUCAGGAGAUUUAUUCAGAAUGCAAUACCUGGGACUGUAUUGCCACCUGUUUCUUCAUAGACACAGCUCACAAUGUAAUUGAUUAUAUUGACACAAUAUGGAAAAUACUCAAGCCAGGUGGAAUUUGGAUAAAUCUUGGUCCUCUGCUGUACCACUUUGAAAAUUUGGCAAAUGAACUAUCCAUAGAAUUGAGCUAUGAGGAUAUAAAAAAUGUUGUUCUGCAGUAUGGAUUCCAGGUAGAGGUGGAAAAAGAAUCUGUAUUAUCAACCUAUACUGUGAAUGACCUCUCUAUGAUGAAAUACUACUAUGAAUGUGUCUUGUUUGUGGUCCGUAAGCCACAGUGAUUUUAAGUGAUAUCACCUGGAAAAAAAAGCUUAAUAAGAUGAAAUACUGAAAUAAACAACUCAGAAUCAACUCUCAGUGAUGACAGGACACAACCUCAAUUCAGUGGUGCCUUCUUAUUCCUAAACAAAGUUUAGAAAUAGUGUCUAUUUUCUUAGUAACUUCUAUUGCUUUUUUCAGAUAUAAUAUGCCAUGCAGAUUUGUAGAAGUAAAAAUGGAAAAAAUAUCUUCAAAUUCACUGAAGCCCAGAAUUACCUUUCAGUA